AUGACGCCGCAGAGAAGAAUCGGCUACAUAAACCCCCAAACGACGACGUCGCAGCAGAUCCGUCCCUCCCUCGUCACGUGGUUUCUCCAGCGACCGCAGUCCAUCCCCUUCCUUCUCGCCAUCUUCCUCAUUCUCGCCUGGAUCUCACUCCGCGUCCAGCUCGUCUCCCACACUCCCGCUCACUCCUCCCACCGCGACGCCCUCGCCAACCUCGUCAGAUUCCACUCUUCCUACGUUGCCAAGGAUAACCGCGGCUGGCUCUUCGAUCCUAUCGCUCUCGCCCUCGAUUCCGGCGUUUCAGGUGGCGCUGUGACGUGUGCGUCGCUUCACGUGGGAGAAAUUCGGCCUGGGAAGCUGAGAGGCAAUCACAGACACCACGAUUGUAACGAGACUUUCCUUAUUUGGGGCGCUGCAACCAGGUUUAGGUUGGAAAACAGUGAGGAAGAUGAUGGUUAUGCUGAAGUGAUCAUUGGCAGAGAUGAGGUUGCUGUAGCUGCAAGUCCAGUUGACAAAGCUCAUGCUCUACUGAACAUUGAUUCCGUUCGGAGUAUCUUCUUUAUAGGAUGUCAAGACAAUGUUAUAAACUAUAAUGCCUCAAGUACUGACUUUAAUGUUUGGAAAGAUCUUUGA